UCAGUAGGGCAUUUCAUGGCAGUGCAAUAAUUGUUAAAGGCCCAACAAGUUGCAGAUAGCAUAAUGAAAAUAUCUCCAAGCAGCUAGUAAAUACACAAAGUGAGAAUAAUAUAUAUUUCACAUGAUGCAACAUCUUUUUAGUCAACAUUGUACUUUUAUUCUGAACCAUGUCAACGUGUACACAUGACUUGCCCUUUCCCCUGCCUUUGUCAAGUGCAAAAACAUAGGGUGCUCACCUACUUUGUACACCACCAAAGGUAAACAAUGUCAACUGAAGUCCGAUCUUUAUUCAUACCCAUUGUUCACUUACGUUUGACACCCUGUGGUGUAUUACCAGGUGAAUUAUAUAUUUAAAAAAAAAACAAUAAUUUGAAAAAUAUGUCUUUAUGAAUUCAGUGAUAUCUAGCCCAAUUUUCCCGUAAUUUCUUUCACCAGGAAAACAAGUGAAACACUAAUUGUAUUGUAUUGUACUGUUUUUCUCCUUAAAGUAACAGUUCUAAUAUCUGCGCUCCGGUUUUGUCUUGGCUGACGGAUCGCACUCACUGAAAUGUCUCUUUAAAACCCAGCUCUUAUUUUGUUAGAUUUGCAUCUCGGCGCCCCUGCUGACUUUGCUGCUACUGUCGGCGAAAUGGAGAAGGAUACAUAACAGUUAUGAGACACUAAAGUAGUAGGGUAUAAUUAAGUAACUCUGGCUCAGUACGUCGCCCUUUGUACUGAGAAUUAUCCCGACGUAAAACAGUCCGACAUUCGUUUUGCCGUAUAACAGGUUUUUAUACAGUUGGUCAUACGCGACACGAACAUCCCUCUUCCCACCGCAGUGUAGAAAUCUAAAUAGUCGCGUUUUUACUCUAAUCCAUCGCCAGGAGGCAUGGAUAACGGAGCAGGUUCGAAUUCAAAGAUCCAAGCCGAUGAAAGAAUGUGUUCUCUCAAAGUGGCCACGAACAAGGCGAUGGAUGAAAGACCCACGUGGAGUGGACGGCUUGAGUUUAUCCUGGCAUCCGUAGGCUACGCUGUGGGACUAGGCAACGUCUGGAGGUUUCCCUACCUGUGCUACAGCAGUGGUGGAGGAGCCUUCAUCAUCCCUUAUCUCACCAUGGUGCUUCUGUGUGGCAUCCCUCUGCUCUUCAUGGAGUUUGCCAUUGGCCAGUACACUCAUGUAGGCCCAGUGCAUGCUUUUGCCAAAAUCUGCCCCUUAUUAAAAGGUGUGGGUAUGGCCACAGUGGUUCUUUCCUUUGUGUUCUCUACAUACUACAAUGUCCUCAUGAGCUGGGCUCUUUAUUAUUUCUUCAACUCUUUCGGAGCGACGCUUCCAUGGACUUCCUGCAACAACACCUGGAAUGUUGUUGGAAACUGUUCCAGUGGUUUUCCUGGAAACGCCACCCGCAUGCAGUCUGCCAGCCAGCAGUUUUUUGAUCACAAGCUCCUGGAGAAAACGGCUUCCAUUGAAGAAGCAGGUGGCAUUCGCUGGGAACUCUUUGGUUAUCUCCUUGCUGCUUGGGUCAUCGUAUAUUUAUGCAUAUUUAAAGGAGUCAAAUCCACUGGCAAGGUUGUUUAUUUCACUGCAAUAUUCCCCUACUUCAUCCUGUUUGCCCUGCUCAUCAAUAAUAUACAGCUGCCUGGAGCCAAAAAUGGCAUUCUCUUCUUUGCCACCCCUGUUUGGAACAAACUGUUCGAGGUGAAGGUCUGGGUCAAUGCAGCUGCCCAGGUGUUUAACUCUGUUGGAAUUGCCUUCGGUUCCAUGAUGUCCAUGGCGAGUUACAACAAAUUCAACAACAACAUUCUUAGGGAUACAUUGAUUGUGUCAUUUGUCAACUCAUUCACCAGUAUCCUGGCCGGCUUUGUGAUUUUCUCUGCUAUUGGUUACAUGGCUCAUAUACACAACCUCCCAGUAGACAACAUCGCUACAGACGGACCUGGAUUGGUAUUUGUGGUAUACCCUGAAAUCCUGUCCACUAUGCCUGUGUCCUAUUUGUGGGCUCCUCUCUUCUUCUUCAUGUUGCUGUGCUUGGGCCUCGACAGCCAGUUCGCCACAGUGGAGGUGGCCGUGGCCUUCAUCAGAGACGAGUACGGUGCCAAGCUGCUGCCUUAUAUAAAAAGAGGGGAGUUGCUGACUCUAGCUGUGUGCGUCAUCUGCUUUGUCUUAGGAAUUCCUCAUAUUACAAAGGGGGGAAUCUACGUGUUUCAGCUGAUGGAUCACUAUACUGCUGUGGUUUCUCUCAUGUGUCUGGCCUUUUUCGAAGUCAUGGCUGUCUGUUGGAUAUUUGGCGUUUCUCGUGUCUCACUAAUGAUCAAGAAGAUGCUGGGAAAAACCCCAAGCCUCUACUUCCGCAUCUGUUGGAUGGUUCUUAGUCCAGUGUUGGUGACGUGCAUACUUAUCUCCAGCAUUGUCCAGUACACUCCUGUGCGUUAUGGGACGUACACCUACCCAGUGUGGGCCGACGGGUUGGGUUGGACCAUUUCACUAUUAUCUGUUAUGUGGAUCCCACUUGGUGCCUUACAGGAGAUCUGGAGGAACAAAGGCUCUCUGCUGGAGAGACUGAAAGCAGCCAUUACUCCUUCUGCAGACCUGUGUGCUGAGGAUCCUGUGUCAGAAAAAGAGAAUCCCGAGCUGCAGCUCUCUGCAACCUUGUUAAGUUCAGUGGCCUGAAGUUUAACACUGUAAAAACUUGACAGAAGUCAUAGUUUGACUAUUCAUUGUCGAUUGUUAAUAUUUUAGUAUUCUCCCUGAAUACUAAAUACUAAAGGUCCCUGGUUGUGGUCAUUUAGCUUGUUUCAUUGUCUGUCCUGCUAAAUGAUGAUUUACUCUGUGUUAAAUCAACUGUAGUGAUCUACUGUAACACAUAGGACAGAGUGCACAUUCAAAGCCACCAAAGUUUUUUUUUAUGUUCUUUUAUUAAAUUAUUUAGUUUAUAUGUGUUUUUUUUCUUUUUAGAUGUAAGUGAAUGAGGUAAACAUUUAUAAACUUUUACAAAAGGGUGAAGAAAAUGCAGAUGUAGAAAAAAAAUUAAAUAAACCACGUGAGACCAUGAAAAAUCUCAAACCAAAGAGAAAAUGUUCUGAUGAUCCAUGUUUUGGGAAGUGUAAAGAAUUGAAACAAAGGGCAAAACCAAGACCAGUGCACAGGGAGUCCAAAAUAAAAACAUGACUGGAGCACAGCUUAGAACAUUAAAAACAAUCUAGGAAAUUGAAAAUGUGAAGGAGAAAGUUCACAAAUUACAUGAAUCUUGACGGGAUUAUGAUGCAAAGAUUUGAAUAUAAAUUAUUCUGUUGUCUACUGAUGUUAAAUGUCAUAGGGUGUCCUCUGUGCUGUACCAAGUAAAAACAGGCCCCUGUAAAGCUGACACAUUUCCUGUUUGUGUAUUUUACGCCAAGUAAUUCUGACCUCAUGUGGAGGUGCAAUAAAGUGCAGUUUAUAUCAA